AUGAAGCAAGAGCUGCCAGAUGCUGCUCAAUCUUCUCUCCUAAUAACGCUAGGACUGCUAGUGAACAAACAUCUCCAGAUUAGCGAUGACGACAACACCAUAGGCAGUUUCCUUGUUAAGCUCCACGAGACUGCUACAUCUGAUAAUCGGGACAAAGAAGGGUUUGUGGCCUUUAAAGAGGAGGUGGUUAAGAAUGGCGGCGAUGAGUUUCCCAGUGACUUUCUACGAGCUGUGUACGAUGCGAUCAUGGAAGAGAGAAGGGGAAUAGUCAAGCAGGAGCCUUCAGAGAGAUUAAAGGUAGAUCUGAAAGUGAAACAAGAACCAUAUACACAAGUAAAGAGGGAAGAUGAUCUAGAACUGCAAUUAAAGCAGGAAGCACUUAAGUUCCCUGGGCUAGCGCUACCGAAUGGGUCUGUUGAGCGAGGUCAGACCGCCGUCAAAUCUGAGUCAACCCAGAUCACUCUGACCAGUGACCCUGUGCAAAUUGGCAAAAUAUAUAAGGGCACGGUUUCCAACAUUGCUGCGUUUGGGGCGUUUGUGAGGCUACAUGGAGCAAGGGGCGACGUUUCUGGUUUGUGUCAUGUGUCUAAACUAGCAUACGAUGGUCGAAGAGUGCCCAAAGCAGAAAAUGCCGUGAAAUUGGGGCAAGAAGUGUUUGUGAAGGUAACAGCCAUGUCAGAUCGAGAUCUGCGUGGUCGCCAGAAGAUUUCCUUGUCGAUGGUGGGCAUUGACCAGCUUUCUGGAAUAGACCGGCUGGAUGAGGUAGGAACUGAAAGCCGAGGACGCACGUAUCAACGUCAGCAACAAAAAAGGAGAAAAUUAACGUCACCAGAGCGAUGGGAGAUCCGCCAGCUCAUUGCCUCGGGCGCUGCACUGGCGGCAGACUACCCUGAGUUGAAUGGGGCGAACGAGGAUAAGGAGAGUCAGGAUUUCGAUGAUGACGAUGAGGCAGUGGACAUCGAGCUUAAUACAAAAGAACCGUCUUUUUUAAAGGGCCAGACUUCGGGGUUAGGAGCUGGCAUGGGGGUCAACCCGUUGCUCAUUUUGAAGAACCCUGAGGGCUCAAUGAGUCGUGCAGCCAUGAACGGAUCCAAAUUGGUAAAAGAGUUCAAAGAAGAGAAAGCGGAGAGACAGAGACAACUUGAAAGGGAGUCGAGGCUAGCACGAGAUUCUAGUGAUCCAUUAGCUGAACUAAAGCGUGAGGAGAUUAUAAAAGAUAAAGUCAUUGCCGAGUGGAGACAGAGUCAACUGAAACAGCGGUCUGACUUGAAGAAUUUACCCAAGAAAUCAAUACGUGAACAAAGGGAAAGCUUGCCGGUGUUUGCAAUGCGGUCACAACUAGUACAGGCGAUCAUGGAUAAUCAGUUCUUGGUGAUCGUUGGAGAAACAGGGUCUGGUAAAACGACACAAAUCGUCCAGUACAUUUACGAGGAGGCAUUGAACAUUGAUGGUGAAAAGGAGAAGCUUAUUGGCUGCACACAACCCAGACGAGUGGCUGCUGUCUCUGUGGCCAAAAGAGUUGCUGAAGAAGUUGGUUGCAAAGUAGGUGAGGAAGUUGGUUACUACAUUCGAUUUGAAGACGUGACUUCGCCAAAAACGAAAAUCAAGUAUAUGACAGACGGUAUGCUUCAAAGAGAGGCGCUACUCGAUCCAACUAUGUCGAAGUAUCUGGUGAUCAUGUUGGAUGAGGCUCACGAACGUACAAUAGCAACCGAUGUCUUGUUUGCCCUAUUGAAGAAAGCUGCAAAGCUGAACCCAAAUCUCAAAGUUAUUGUGACGUCUGCCACGCUUGACCUGGGAAAAUUUGCUUCGUUCUUCAAUGAUUGCCCGGUGAUUAACAUUCCAGGGCGUACUUUCCCAGUUGAAACACUAUUUUCUCGAGAGCCUGAGCCAGAUUACUUGGCAGCAGCCCUCGACUGUGUUAUGCAAAUACACAUUGCAGAAGCUGAAGGCGAUAUUUUGGUUUUCUUGACUGGUCAAGAAGAAAUCGAUACCAGUUGUGAGGUACUCUACUCGAGAAUCAAAACGCUCGGGUCUGCUGUUCCUGAGCUAAUAAUCCUCCCGAUUUUCGAGCCCGCUCCUCCGGGCGCUAGAAAGGUUGUAUUGGCAACUAACAUCGCCGAGACGUCUAUUACCAUCGACGGAAUCCGCUACGUUGUUGACCCAGGCUACGUCAAGGUGAAUGCGUACGACCCAAAGUUGGGUAUGGAUUCAUUGGUGGUUUCGCCUAUUUCGCAGGCGCAAGCAAACCAAAGAGCUGGUCGUGCUGGUCGUACGGGGCCAGGUAAGUGCUACAGGCUCUACACGGAACAAGCGUUCAAGCACGAGAUGCUUCCAAACCUGAUCCCGGAGAUUCAGAGGCAGAACCUUUCACUUACCAUAUUGAUGCUCAAAGCUAUGGGAAUCAAUGAUCUAUUGAAUUUUGAAUUCAUGGAUCCACCGCCAGCUCAAACAAUGGUUAAUGCCUUGCAUGAUUUGUAUAAUCUCGAUGCACUAGAUGAACAAGGCUUUCUCACGUCUUUCGGUAGAAAGAUGUCUGAGUUCCCGAUGGAGCCGGCUCUUGCCAAGACCGUGAUUGAGUCCACCGAGCUUGAAUGCGUUGACGAGGUCCUCACGAUAGUGGCGAUGCUCUCGGUGCAAUCUGUGUUCAAUAGGCCCAAGGACAAGCAAGCAGCCGCUGACCAAAAAAAACAACGGUUUCAUUCGGUAUAUGGAGAUCACAUCACGUUGCUAAAUGUGUAUCGGGCUUGGGAUCUCAAUGGCCGAUCGGCAGGGUGGUGUAAAGACAAUUUUAUCCACGAACGAAGCAUGAGGAGAGCGUUGGACGUGCGCAAGCAGCUCUGCCAGAUCUUGUCACGGUUCAGGAUCCCAAUCACAAGCUGUGGAUCCGACACCGUUGCUGUUCGAAAAGCCUUCUGUUCUGGUUUCUUCAGAAAUUCAGCCAAGAGAGAUCCCCACGAGGGACUUUACAACACCUUGGUCGACCAGACCCCUGUUAGCAUGCACCCGCUGCUGGCGCUUUACGGCAAGCUGAGUGAGUACGUGAUCUACCACACGGUUCUUGUCACCACCAAAGAAUACAUGCACUGUGUGAGCGUGAUAGACCCUCGGUGGCUAUUGGAGUUAGCACCGAGAUUCUUCAAGAAGAGCGAUCCUACCAGUGAGAAAAAGAAGAAAGAGAAAAUUGUACCCUUGUACAAUCGGUUUGCCGAGAACCAGGACGCAUGGCGACUUUCAUCCCAGAUCGAAGCAAAGAAGCGGGCGUUGGAGCAGCUCAAUCAAUGA